AAGCAGUAAACUACAGUUUGUAGAAUACAUAAAUUUAAACACGCUCUUCGUGACAGUCUCUUGACCUCGUGACAAGUUCAAGUGGUAUUUUAUGCGACUGUUUUGCUAUUACGUGGUUAAUACAAAUUACUCCGUACUUAAAUGUUAACACUCGUUUAAAUAUUUUUCCAUGUAAAUAUAUAUCUUAAAUUUUUAUAGUUUCAUUUUAACUUGGUGAAACUAGUUCGAACAAAAUUAAGGUUAAGGAUCUUAUGGUAUACGUAGACUUCAGCGGUGUUGUCAAAUGCUCGCUUUCGUAAAUUGUUUGCGAAUAGUUCUAAUUACUGUUAUAUAAAAAAUAAUAAUUACCUCAAUAGAUGAGUAAACACCGAUACAAAUUUUGAAAUAAAAUUCGAAAUGUUUUACUUUUACUUUAAUGUGGAUAAAUAUUUAAAUCGUUCCUUAUUAUUUUUAUACCAACGUUUACCCGUAUCUAAUUUAACAUCAGUUGAAUCACUCAUUAUACCCUACACUGAAUUCAAAUUAAAACCCACUUUUUCCGUCGUUUAAUGAUGUUACUAACUAGACAAAACAACGCUAAGGUCUUUAAGUAGUGGUUACAUUCAUAUAUAUGCCAAAUUCUAUCUCGCUAUCUUUAACGAAUCGAACGCGAACCGCGUGAUAAGAUAAAUUUAUAAAAUAUAAAACAAAGACACUUUAUCAUUUAUAAAUUCAACCAACGUAUUGCUAUUUAUUGUAGUAAUAACAACAAUGAUCGUCAAGGUAUUUGAAAUGCAAAUUAUUAGUUGUUAAAUAAUAUUAGAAAUGAUAAUAUUGUUAGUUUUGUUGGUCGUCAUACAGUUUUAAUUUAGCAAUUCGUGUGUAUUGGUUUGUUUCAAAUAUUUUUCAUUCGCGUCACUUUCGAUUCGUGGAAUAUCUAGUGUGCUGUAGAACUCGGAUUUUUAAAUGUCAAAGCUCUGGUUUAAAGGAGUGAGGAGUUCGAAGUUCCGACACGUGUACGGAGAACCCGCUAAAAGAGAAAAAUGCUACGACAACAUACAAAUCACGAAAAACGCACACGAUUCUCAGUUUUGCGCCGUCAAUCCAAAAUUCGUAGCUAUAGUAACGGAAGUCGCCGGUGGGGGAGCUUUCAUCGUUAUACCUAUAAAUUGCACAGGAAGAUUAGAUUUUAAUGCUAGUAGGGUUACCGGACAUUCGGGACCAAUUUUAGAUAUAAAAUGGAAUCCUUUCAAUGACAACGUCAUUGCUUCAUGCUCAGACGAUUGUACGAUAAAAUUAUGGCAUAUACCCGAUGAAGGACUCUCAGUGCACCUCACCGAUUGGCUAGUGGAGCUUCAAGGUCACAAGAGACGUGUCGGUUAUAUAGAAUGGCAUCCAACCGCUAAAAAUGUUUUGUUUAGUGCAGGAUUUGAUCAUUUGGUCAUUGUCUGGGAUAUAGAAAAAGCGGAAGCUAUAAACGUAAUAGACUGUCAUCGAGACGCCAUACAUUCCAUGUCUUUAAAUAGAGACGGCAGUCUAUUGGCUACUACAUGCAAAGAUAAAAAAUUGAGAAUAAUCGAACCCAGAAGUGGGAUAGUUAAGGCCGAAAUAAUUUGUCAUGCUGGUGCAAAAGCUAGUAAAGUCGUUUACUUGGGCGCGACAGGUCGUCUUUUAACAACAGGAUUUUCUAGGCAUUCCGAUAGGCAGUAUUCGGUAUGGGACGAAUCCGAUCUUUCACAACCGCUAUUCACCGACAGUAUAGACAGUUCGUCCGGUGUGGUUUUUCCGUUUUUCGAUCCCGAUACCAACAUGGUUUACCUGGCUGGUAAAGGGGAUGGUAACAUCAGAUAUUACGAAGUGACAGACGAAGCUCCUUAUGUGCAUUAUUUAAGUCAGUUUUUGUCCGGAAAUCCACAGAGAGGAUUGGGUUUUAUGCCGAAACGUGGCGUUCGGACAUCCCAAUGCGAAAUUUUCCGUUUUUACAAAUUACACGCAACGAAAGGAAUGUGCGAACCGAUCGGUAUGAUAGUACCACGUAAAAGCGAUCAAUUUCACGACGAUCUAUAUCCGGAUACGGCCGGUACUAAACCGGCGCUUUCCGCACAAGAAUGGAUCAAAGGAAAAAACGCAAUGCCGAUACUUAUUUCCAUGAAAACCGGUGAACAAAACGAAUUGAACAUAACUUCUAUCAAACAACGUAAUACAGCUCAGAUCGUAGAACAACCUAAAUUGGAUAACAACAAAAGAAAAUUCGCUUUUCUUUCCAGAGAAACGAUACCUGAUUAUCGACCGAAGGAGGCUAUAAUUAUGGAAAAGAGUCGGAAAACUUCUAACAACGAAAAUUUUCAAAAAUUACAACAGAAAUUCAACCAAAUCGAAAUGAACAACCAUCAAGACGUUCAUUUAAUCAAAGAGGUUAAUAGUAUUGGAGAUAACAUUUUGACUGAGAACGAUUUACGUCGUGCUUAUCAAUCACAAAGCGAGGAAAUUAGAAAAUUGAAGAAACAGCUUUUGAACAGUGAACAGCGAGUCAAAGAACUCGAAGAACAACUAAAGAGGUUACUUAAAAAUUAAACCUCGUUUAUGUACACUUUUUAUUGUAUAUUUUUUUUAUACAUUUGUUUUAUUUUGUAAUUAUUAUGUUACCACAAAGUAUCAUUUGAAAGUAAUCUUUCUUAGUUUUAAAUUAUGAUUCAUGUGAUUUUUAUCAGUUAAUUUUUAAAUAUAUAUUUUGUAUGUUAAUUUUUGUGUAAUUUUGACAAAAAAAAUUUAUAUAUUAAUAAUGUGAGUAAUUUCUUCUUGGCAUGUAUGUUAUUUAAUCUAUUUUUAUUUCACAUUGUUAACAAUUAUGACACACAUCUUUUUACUCUUAAUAUCUGACUUUUUGACAUUUUCAAAGUAAUUUUGAAAUUUCUAUAUGUAGAAGAUACAAGAACAAAGCAUUCUUUUAACUAUAAUUCAAUAUCAUUCUAUCUCAAGAGAGAACUGAUUUAAAAAAAAUGUUUUUCUUAUGUGCUUGUAUGCUCAGAAAAGAAAAUUUCUUUGUAAUAUUCACAUUUUCUCAUAGCUUAAUAGCUUUCUAUGCACAAACUAUAAUAUAUAAAAUUGGAAUAGGUUUUAUUUAGAAAGGAAAUGUGUUUUCUCCAAAAAAUUAAUAUAUUACUUGUACCGUUACUACCCCAUGAAUUCUUGGCACCACUGUAGUACGUAUGUAUGGAUGGUAUCAUAUACACUGCUACCCAAAGGAUCUAUUGUGUACCCCUUUCUCACUGCGAUACUGGGGAAUCCAAUGUUUAAAGCUGAUCUGUUACUCCCACUCCUUUUAAUGCGGGUCUUCUAUUUCAUACGCUUCUAGGUGUGCUCUAUAGUUCCGUAGUGUUUCACACUUUGAGAGACCGUGGAUAGUCUUUGUUCUCUGUGCAACAAAAUCUGCAUCUAGACGACAGUUUAGUGAUAAGACUUCUGGUAGUAUUCGUAGAUUCUGUUAAUAUAUUCAGCAGAUCUUCUCUGGUUAUAGUUUCCCAAAAGAGUAUUUACUUAUCUCAGCCCCUAUAUGUUGUCCCAAUAAUUGGUUUUGCUUUUAUCUACUUUCUUUUCCAGUUCUUUUUCCAUUGUUCUGUAGCUAAUACCACAGGUUUCAGGUCCCAUGAAGGGCUUGUCUGUCCCUCACUUCACUCUGGUGAGUCCCGGAAUUCAUUGUAGACCCCCAUAGUAGAAUUAUUGUCUAAAAUAAUCUAAUUAGGAGUAUUUAGUCCCCAAUUUACUAUCAAAAAAUUUAAAAUUCGUCAGCUUACAGCUUUAAUAGAGAAAUAUUGCGCUUCCUUUCAUAAAGGAUUUGAUAUGGUGGGUCAACUGGAAUGACAAACCGAAACAUUCAUUCUGCUAUUUUAUUCUAACAAAAAAUUCAGAAAAAUGAAAUAAAAAUAAAAAAUAAGCCAAAUUAAAUAAGCUACAAUUGAAUUAAUUCAUUUUUUUGUGUUUUCAUGCAAAAGGAACGCUAUAAAAAUUUUUGCAGUUCAAUAUUAUUCGAUGAUAGUGAUGUAUGCAGUUUGACUUGAUAACGAACCAUUAGAACUCUUUGUAUGAAAAUAUCUCACUUUUAGAGUUAGGAAACAGGAAAAAUUCACUGAGAAUCAGAUCCGGUGAAUAGAAUGUGAAGGAUUAGAAUUUUGAUUUAUUAUUAUCCCAAAUUGUGUCUAAAUGUAUUAAUCAUUUUGUGAUUACAUCCCCUAAUAAUAAACAAUCUAAAAAUUACAAUUAUUAUCAAAGUAUAUUGAUGAGAAAGUAUAAAUUUGAUACGAAAGGAGAAUUAAUGCGCAAAGGGAUGAGAAAAUAGUCUAAUAUGACAGAUUUUCAAGUUUUUUAUAUUCUAAUUGUCAUUUAUUAGGUCAAACAGACCUACUUACUGAUGAAGAGAUUGUAAUAAUAAAUAAGCACAAGCAGUAUUAAAUAGGAUUAGAAAAUUGUUUGUGUCGAAGAAAAAAAAUUAUUAAAUCUUCUUGAUAAACGAAUAAAUUAUAAAAAAUGUGAAGAUUUGAUAUUUUUAAUAUGGAUGUAAAAUGUUUCGUGAAAAUAGCUAUUUUUUCAUAUUUUUUUUAUCUACUGUUAGAUGUUUAUGCAUUUUUACUAUCGAGUAGAUUUUAUUUUUAAAUAAAGUCGGCAUCAGUAAA